CUCUGGCUCUGUAAACAUUCACACACUGGUCUCAAGGCUACGAAUUGCACCAAAUCCCACGUCAAGCACCUUCCAUAACCUCUCCUCCGUCCACAUUCAGCCAUGUCUACAUUAGAAGAUCUCGAUGAUCUUGAGCGGGAGCAGAAGGAAGACAAGAAGGACGAUGGCGACAAGGAGAAGAAGCCAGAUCAAAAUGGCGAUGCUGAGAUGAAGGAUGCCGAACCGGAGGAGAAGGAAGAGGACCCAAUAGAUGAGGAGAUCUACAACCUUAGCACACAAGACAUCCUGACGAGGAAGCGGCUCCUGGAAAACGAUUCGCGAAUCAUGAAGAGCGAGUUUCAGCGUUUAUCACACGAGAAGGCUACAAUGGGUGAGAAGAUCAAGGACAACUUGGACAAGAUUGAGAAUAACAGGCAAUUACCAUAUCUCGUUGGCAAUGUUGUUGAGCUUCUCGAUCUCGACCCAACAGCCGAAUCCCAGGAAGAAGGUGCUAAUAUUGACCUGGAUGCUACGAGGGUUGGAAAGUCUGCCGUCAUCAAGACGUCUACUCGACAAACCAUUUUCCUUCCUCUCAUUGGUCUUGUUGACCCAGAACAGUUGAAGCCAGGAGAUCUGAUAGGUGUAAACAAAGACUCAUACCUGGUGCUGGACACAUUACCCGCCGAAUAUGAUAGCAGGGUCAAGGCAAUGGAGGUCGAUGAGAAGCCAACGGAGAAGUACACAGAUGUUGGAGGAUUGGAUAAGCAGAUUGAGGAGCUGGUUGAGGCGAUAGUGUGGCCCAUGAAGGAGGCUGAGCGCUUCAAGAAGAUUGGCAUCAAGGCUCCGAAGGGUGCGCUUAUGUACGGACCUCCUGGUACUGGAAAGACCCUCCUUGCCCGAGCCUGUGCAGCCCAAACCGACGCCACCUUCCUCAAACUUGCCGGCCCACAACUCGUACAAAUGUUCAUUGGUGAUGGUGCUAAGCUGGUUCGAGACUGCUUUGCUUUGGCCAAAGAGAAGGCUCCGGCGAUCAUUUUCAUCGACGAGUUGGAUGCUGUGGGUACGAAGCGUUUCGACAGCGAGAAGAGUGGAGACAGAGAAGUGCAGAGAACUAUGUUGGAGUUACUCAACCAACUUGAUGGUUUCGCCUCAGAUGACCGUAUCAAGGUUCUGGCAGCUACGAACAGAGUGGACGUCCUGGAUCCUGCCUUGUUGCGUUCAGGUCGUUUGGAUAGAAAAAUCGAGUUCCCUCUGCCAAACGAGGAGGCUCGAGCACAGAUUCUGAAGAUUCACAGCAGAAAGAUGACAGUCGAUGAUGCUGUCAACUGGCCUGAGUUGGCACGAAGUACAGAUGAAUUCGGAGGCGCACAGUUGAAGGCUGUCUGUGUGGAAGCAGGCAUGAUUGCACUUCGGAUGGGAAAGAACAAGAUCAGCCACGAGCACUAUGUUGAUGCGAUUGCGGAAGUCCAAGCUAAGAAGAAGGAUACGGUCAACUUUUAUGCAUAGAUUAGGAGCUUGUUCUGGGGAGUUUGGCAUGCCUGCAUAAUCAACCUUGUAUCAUAGAGAAUUCAUGGAAGAUCUUUUCGAUCUGAACUCGGAAGCCCUUUACAGUGCAAAUGACCUGAACACUGUCUCAAUGUUCU